UAUAAAGGGGAAGGAGAUAUGACUAACACUUAAAGACGGAAGAUAAAAGGGGGAGGAUAGAAAAUUGGUAGUAGUUUUCAGGUGAUAUAGAUAUAGAUAUAGAUAUGAAUUCAGGAAAUACAGCUGUGCAGAUACUGGAGACCAACCAACACCAGAAAACUGAAACAACAAACUGUAGUUAAAUAAUUUCACAGAGGAGCUCAGUGUCAAACAAAAUGAAGACUUUUCCUCUACUCAUCCUCUCACUGAUGACAGUAUCACCAACAGUUUCAGCAAGAUCAUCGACUGAUCCUGUCUCUUCAACCCAGUCAACUGCUGCAUCUACUGAGAGUCGUGUUUCAACAACAUCAUCCACAUCUCCUGUUUCUUCUAACCCCAUAGCUGCUGCAUAUAGAAGCUUUCCGGUCCUCGUUACAGUGAUCAUCUGUGUAGCUGUGCUGCUGCUGUUUGUGCUAAUUUUUAUCCUCAUCUACAAACGACUUAUACAUUCAAAAAACACAAGAAAUGGAGCGGCAGCACAGUACAUCAAAGAGGAUUAUGUCUACGAGGAGAUACAGCAGCACGUCCAGAAGCCAGACUCUGGAAAUGCAAUGAACACGAUUUAUGCCACUGCCAACUUUCCCACAAACCCCUCUGACUCGCUGCAUUACUCUUCCAUCAACUUUCAAAGCAGCUCUGGCAGAGCUGGUGGUGAGGCACUGAUCCUCAAACCCAGCUCCGCUGCCUGCGAAUAUUCUACUGUGAAGUACAGGAUCCUCUCUACUCAACAGUCAACAAGCCAAAGUCGCAAUGAGGAAAGAUCAGCCCUGUCAGGAAUUAAUGAAAUGUACUAAAUGUAUGGCCGAGAUUUCAGGUCAUUCAUUUCUGAUGUGGAUGUUUACAAUGAAAUCCAGCUCAGACUGCAGGAAUUACAACCAGAUAUUUAGAUGUUGGGCCCUGUCAACAUAAAUCCUAGUGAUCUGAAGACACACGGGAUUCACUUCAUCAUCCACAUUGUUUGAGUCACCAAUGGUUUUGUGAUGGGACUUUGGCACUGAUCUGUAAUGACUAGAUGAGUAUUUUGUUUGUAUUUGCUCCUGAAGCUCAGCUUUGUAGACAGUUUAAAUCAGCUGAUUAUUAUCGGCUGAUUGAACUCAUCACAGAUACUGUAUACUGGUGUUGUUGUUUGUAUCGGACGAUGAGUAACGAGAAAUGUUUGAAGAAAUAUGUUUGAAGUUUUAACUUUCACCAUUUCGAAGUCUGUCCACCAGUGACAUGGCUGUAAAGAUGGUCAAAGUAAAAGCUUUAAUGAAAUGAGAUGUGUCAUGCUUGAUACUGUGUUAUGCCAAUUAUAAAGUACAAGAACACAAUAGAGUCAAGUAGAUAAUCAUUAAAAUGUUGCUGAUUAUUUACCACACUGGUAUAAAGGUGUCCUCAUUUAAUCUUAUUAAAUUCACUGUAUGCAGGGUUUGUUUUUUUUGUUUUUUUUACUUUAGUGCCAUCUGGUGGUAGUAUCAAGACUGACACUGUGGGAGAUGGCAAUGCAUGCCACCCCCUUUACAACAGGACUUGCUUUAUUCUACAGAAAAACAUGCCAUCAAAAUAAAUUUAAAGAUGCAACAAUCACAUAAAAAUGUACAAAUAGUAACUUUAAAUUUAGCGCACUGAAUAUUUUAAGAUAAGUUCAUA